GUGCGGCAGUAGGCAAGUCGGAGGAUGUAGUGAGAGAUGUGGUCUCUUCGUCUGUUUUCCUGCUGUCUCCUCAGGACAUUCUCCUUCCUCUUCCGCUCGUCAAGAGUCAGCACAUUAUCAAACUCUUGGUGCAACUAGAGAAAACAAUCACAUCUAUUCCCCAGACCGUACGAGACCGAGUAGGACUAUAAUGGGACCAGCCUCUAUACCAACCCCUAGUGGAAUGGUGUCUGCCCCCUUCACUACUGGUUUCAUGUGAGUCUCGUAUUCCUCGUUGUUCCUGUGGACUCCGUCGUGAGCCAGCUUCACCCUCUUGCUCUCCACCGCCUGCAAAAGUCUCAGCCGCUUCUCGGCCAGCUCCUCGAACUCUUGCAGACUCACCACCUCCGUGGGAGGGAGUUUGUACAGCUGGAGAGCGCAGGGAUAGCUGCACGCCACCCGGGACUUUCGUCCCCUCGUCCUUUGCAUGAACUCCAUGGAAGAGUUCGAACGUCGCAAUUUCCCGCUUCCCGCGCCUGCAGCUUUUGUUCUAAAUAAAGCUCACCAGGAGGAGACGCUUUCGCCUUUGAUUCAGUGUCGAGGAACCUUGCCCGAGAGGUGGUUGGAGGCCAUGUCGUCUUACAAGAAAAGCGGCAAGUCCCUGAAAAGGACGCACAGGGAAAGAGGACAGCCCUCAGCGAGAAAACACUUAGGAUUGCUGGAGAAGCACAAGGACUAUGUACUGCGGGCAAGGGACUACAACAAGAAGAAGAAAUACAUCAAGUCUUUACAAGAAAAGGCAAGAAACAAGAACCCAGAUGAGUUUUACUACCGAAUGAUCAAUGAGAAACUAAAGAACGGGCGUCAUGUGAUCCCUCAAGAGGAGGAGAAGUUCACGGAUGACCAGUUGAAGGUGAUGAAGACUCAGGAUAUCAAAUACGUGGAGAUGAAAUAUCGCAUCGAAAGAAAGAAGGUCGAGCGUUUGAGGUCAGGGCUUCACCUAAUCAGCAGUCAACCGACCAAUACUCACACUAUAUUUGUUGACUCUGUAGAAGAAGCCGGUCACUUUGAAACCGAGCCCAAGAUGGUGCAGCAUUCCUACAACAGACUUACUUCUCAACAGUUGAGUGUCGGACCUCCUCUAAGCCACACCCCUGAAGCAAUCGAGAAGGCAAAACGGAAGUGCGAAACAUCGUAUCGCGAACUAAACCAACGAAUCCACAGAUCGAAAGAGUUACUGAGAAUAGCUCGGAAAAUGAAGACCCAAAAAGAUCUAAUGGCAAAGGGGAAGAAAAGAAGAAUCGAAGGGGACGGAAAGACACCUCGAACAUACAUUUGGAGAAAGGAGCGCAAACGUUGAGAAUUUCACACCAAUAAUUUUUGAUUCAAAUCUCAUAUUAUCGGUAUAAUAAUGAUAACACUCAGGACUUUCAUCAUACAUUCUAACAAAGAUGUCGAGAAGUGUCAGUUUGUGAGCUCUAGGUGUGUAAUAUGUGGGUGAUAACAAAGAAGAGUGAAGAGGGGAUGUAUGAGUAGUAAUACAAAAAUAGGGCAAAAGUUGAAAUAAAAACGGUGUUGUGUUCAGCAUGUGACCAGUUCUUAUAGAAUGUGGAGAUAUGGGGAGAACUGUACGGGAGUGGAUAAAGCUCAGCGAAGAACUGGAGGCGAUAGUGCAAUAACAUUGGGGAUUCUUUUUCAGCAUGCGUGCAGGCUAAGCGUACAACUUUUGCAGUUCUUCCACGUGUACCAUUAUCUUCAGCGCUCGUCCCAGCUUUAUUCCCAGACACUUGACGAGGGACUCGUGGGUCAGGAGAAGCAGGGCCGUCCCGUCUACCUCCUGCUCUUUGAACAUCGCGGCGUAGUCCUUGCAGUCCGUGGUGCUCUCGAAGAACUUCACGACUUCGCUUACGGUCCAGGAGCGGACGUCCACGGGCAAACCUGCCGGGAUCUGGCAGCCGGACGCGACGGACUUGGCGGCGGCUGUGACGGCCAGAGCGUCGUCUUUCCUGGCCCGAUGCUGUUGCUGAGAGAGGAGCGCGGUGCCCAGAGCAGUCAGCUGGUCCAGAGGGACAAUGGAGAUGGAGGGAGGAGGGACCGUGCGACUGAGGGGAGGGGCAGCUAUGGGUUCCACUGUGCUAGUGGGGAUGGAGGUCAGGUUGAAUGAGACCGAUUUGGCUGGUUCAGCUGUAGGUAGGUGGGGUGAAGAAAGAUGAGGAGGAGACGAGGGAAGAGGGAGAGGAGAGCAAAAUAAUGCGAGUGAAUCCAGGAUACUUUUGGUGCAAAUUGGAGUGGAAGUAGUGUGUCUCCCAUUUUCUAUAUAAAUUGGGGAGUGUGUGCGACUAAAAAUAUUUCACACCUUCCUUCAUCUUCUUCUGGUUCUGUGGAGGCUGCUGCUGUGAAGGUCUCUUGGUACCCACUGUAAUUUCUGAAAACGAUAAAGAAAUAACGGAGGUAUAAUUCAACCUUUCCUCUUAUUAUGUAGGAUGCACACAAAAUGACUUUGUUUAUACACCACCCACCAAGCUCUCUGGUGAGUUUUUUGGCGGCC